AAAGAACGGCGUUUUGGCGUGAAAGCCAAGUCUGUGUAAUAAAGUUUCUCUCGCAAUUAACGUUGCUCUGUCCUGUCUUGUUCCUGUUCUAUUCUUUUCUUAUAUUCAAACUCCAAAAAGGAGUGAAAUCUGUUUUUUUUCGCAUGUCUUUUCUUGAAAUUCUGUUUUCUUUCCCUUUAUUUACUGUUAUUACUCUUUGACAUCUAGAACGUGGGGGGUUCUUUUUAUUUGUGAAAAAAAGAGUGAAAUUGGGUUUUCUUUAUUUUUUGGGGAAGUGAUGAGUGGAACUAGGAGAGUAUUAAAAUCUAUUCAAUCAGUAGCAGCUCAUGGAUUGCUGUUUUGUUUCACUUUGCUUCUUGUUCUCAAGCUUGAUCAAGCCCUUCAUUAUCCUUGGUGGGUCAUUUUUGUUCCACUUUGGUUGUUUCAUGUGGUUGUAGCAAGGGUUAGAUUCUCAUUACCUGCUCCAUCAAUGCCUCAUGAUCGACAUUGGGCACCAUUUCAUGCUGUCAUGGCGACACCGCUGCUUGUUGCUUUUGAACUCCUCCUUUCUAUUCAUCUCGACAGCACCUACGCUGUAAGUUUGAAGAUUGUGUUCUUUCCCCUGCUAGCACUUGAAAUUGCUAUCUUGGUUGAUAAUGUUAGAAUGUGCAGGGCUCUGAUGCCCGGAGAUGAAGAAAGCAUGAGUGAUGAGGCUAUAUGGGAGACCCUUCCCCACUUUUGGGUUGCAAUAUCUAUGGUCUUCUUCAUAGCGGCAACAACAUUUACUCUUCUGAAGAUAUGUGGAGAUGUUGCUGCUCUUGGGUGGUGGGAUUUAUUCAUUAACUACGGUGUCGCGGAAUGCUUUGCCUUUAUUAUCUGCACAAAAUGGUACAACCCUGCAAUCCACAGAAACUCAAGUCUACGUACACCCAGCUCUUCUACAUCAAGCAUGCGAUAUCUUAACUGGAAUAGUGGAUUUCUGGGAUCUUUGGAUGACGAUGAUCAACAGAAUGGAAUAUGCAAUUUACAGGACAUUGGCGGUCAUGUGAUGAAAAUUCCUAUUGUUAGUUUCCAGAUAUUGCUUUUUAUGCGCUUAGCGGGGACCCCACCAAGUGCUAGAUUUAUCCCAAUUCCCGUACUGUUUAUCCCUCUUUUCCUACUGCAAGGAGCUGGUGUAUUGUUCUCUGUCUAUAGACUUGUGGAGAAAAUUAUUCUUUUGGUAGAUGGUGAAGCUGGUGUCAGAAGCUAUUUUAGGAUAUCUUCGUUCAUUCGUGAUACUUUCGGUUUCAUGCAUCACGGGUCAAGGUUUUUAGGUUGGUGGUCAAUAGAUGAAGGAAGUCGAGAGGAACAAGCUCGUUUAUAUUAUGCUGGGACAUCUGGGUAUGAUACUUUCUCACCUGACACUGUAAAGCAAAUGCCUAAAGCGAAGCUUGCUGAAGAGAUCUGGAGACUACAAGCAGCACUUUGUGAGCAAUCAGAGAUUACAAAGUUAAAACAGGAUGAGUUCGAAAGGCUUCAAAAUGAAAAAAUCUUAUGCAGAAUUUGCUUCGAGGAACAGAUAAAUAUUCUUCUCCUUCCUUGUCGGCAUCACAUCCUCUGCAGCACCUGUUGUGACAAGUGCAAGAGGUGCCCCAUUUGCCGUGUAUUUAUAGAAGAGCGUUUGCCUGUAAAUGAUGUAUAGUUACUUCUAUCAGCAAGAAGCUUAGUUUCCCCGAGCUUGUCCUUCGAUCAGACAAACAAAUUUAGAUGGUGAAUGCAGUUUUAUUGAGUCAUAUCACCACAACUACAUAUUGUUUCAUCCAAUUUUGUAUAUUUAAAAUCGUUUGAACCAGGUUUGUCUGAUCUUGUGAACUGUGUAUAUCAUCCACAAGAUUACUGUAUUCUGGUAAUAGAUUAUGUAACAUAAUAGCUAUACCAACAUUGUGCAUAUCUCUCUGCUCUAUCAAAUGUAUUAUGGCGUUCGACAUC